AUGUUUGCAACGGACGGAGUAGAGGAAGUCCUCGGAAUUGCACCACGACAACUGGUUAGCAAGAGCUUUUAUUUCUGCAUCCAGGAACAAUGUUUGCAUGACGCUGUCCGCUGUCUGGAACGCGCCAAGGUGAAUAACUCGAUAGCAUAUUUGCGGUUUUGGUACCGCAAUCCGUUGCAGGAUGACAAUCCUGCGGUUUCCGCGAACCCGGCAGCUGUGAGCAAUAAUUUUGAUGAUAAUGCCUAUGGCAACCAUCCUACGAAUAUAGGAACAGCGGCAGCUCUUGGACCCAGAAUGGCUACAACACACGAAACUGUGACCGUGCCUCAACAUCCCGAACAUAAUCCCAUUGAGAUCGAAGCAGUCGUCUCAUGUUCAUCAGAUGGACUAGUCGUGGUUCUGCGCCGCGCGCGACCUUCAAUUCCAUUACACCAAACUCUUCCUUCCCCUCAGGCUCAGGUCGCUGCAAAUGGCAUAUUUGCGUCACCGUGGGCAACACAUCCGAUCAUUCCACCGUAUGCCACUCAACCUAUGCCAAUACAAACAACCUGGCCGCCCCCAGAUCCCAGCACAAUAUACCCAGGCUAUAAUCAUACCUACGGCUCGAAUCCAAUGAUGCCACCUGGUUACCCUGGUUAUCCCGGUCAUCCCGGCUAUCCUUCGUAUAUGAACAAUGGACCCGGCGGCCCUCAUCCUCAGGAUUUUCUCAGCACAAUUCGCGACGUGGCGGUCUUCGCAUGGGGUAUUGUAGGUAUCAAUGGAUCACUCGAGCAAUACCGAAGAGGACGACCGAGCGGUGAUGCUCUUCCGCCAGAUGGGAUACCCAUUUGGAAUCCGCAUCUCGAAGAGGGUGAGUUCGGAUUAGAAGAACAAGAGAAAGAGGCGAAUAUCAAGGUUGAGGCCGAGCAGCCGGAGGCGGUCACGCGGAACGAGGGUCUAACAUGA